CGGAGCAGGGUUUUUUGCAUAGCAAUUGCGCUCUGCCUCUUUUUCCUCAUUAGGGGCGAUUCGUGGCUGGAACUUAAAAGCGAGACGUUGGGAGGGAAAACCUUCCAUGGAGUCUUGUUAAAGCAUGCUGGCUGGGGAAUGCUGGGAAUUGAAGUCCACAUUUUUAAGUUGCGGAGAUUGAGAAACCCUGGUCCCAAAGAUAACAGCCAUUUCCUUUCUUCUUUCCUUUCCUUUCCUUUCCUUUCCUUCCUUCCUUCCUCGAUGUUUAUCUUUUUCCAGUGCUUUGGGCGUGUACCUGACCCUCUUGCAAAGCACAGUAUCAGCAACCUCAGCCUUCCCCUUUCUCCUCCCCUCUCUUGCAAUCUGCCCCAGCUUCCUGCAGAAUUUCUGUGGACUUGACCAUGGAUGUUUUCCCCUUCCUUCUUGAUCUAGGGUGCAGCAUGCUGACGACUAAGCUGUACACGUUGGUGCUGGUGAUGCAGCCGCAACGCAUCCUGCUGGGCAUGAAAAAGCGUGGCUUCGGGGCUGGUCUCUGGAACGGCUUUGGCGGAAAGGUGCAGCUGGGGGAGACGGUGGAGCAGGCAGCGAAAAGGUGGAGGACAACCCACUUUAUCUAUGGCAAGAGCCCCCAACCCCCGGGCCAUGGGAGAAAUGGGCAAGCGUGCACGCCUUCCAUUCAUGGAGCUUCAUGAAGAGAGUGGCUUGACUGUGGACACCUUACAGAAAAUGGGCCAAAUUACCUUUGAAUUUGUAGGCAACUCGGAACUGAUGGAGGUCCAUAUCUUUCGCGCUGACAAUUUCCAUGGAGACCCCACUGAAAGUGACGAAAUGCGUCCUCAGUGGUUUGACGUGGACCAGAUACCUUUCAAGGAGAUGUGGCCAGACGAUAUAUAUUGGUUCCCUCUUCUGCUCUGCAAGAAAUAUUUCCUGGGUUAUUUUAAAUUUCAGGGACAGAAGACUAUCUUAGAAUAUACCCUGAAGGAGGUGGAGAAGAUGCAGGAGGAAACACAAGAAAGAUUUCCUGAUGGAGACAUAAAGGAGAUCUCGGUGGGCAAGGAACCACCACCGGCCCUGUAGCAAAACGAUUCUUCUGCCGAACUCAAUCAUGGAUGACUUUUCUAGGAAAAAAAUACCUCCUCAAAACUACUUGUUUGUGCACCGAAUGUGUUCCGUGAUCAAAGAAUGCUAGAUUAUGGGAAAAUAUGGUCAAACCAGAAGAAGAAAUGCCGGGAUAUCCUCAAUAUCAUGAAGAAAAAAGCUUUGAUCAUACACGUUGCAAUAAAUACGUUCAGCGCUAAAAUAAAUGUUCAACCUUUUAAUAGAGUUUUGUAUUUCUCUUACAAAUAGAUCUUUUUUGUAACUUUUGGGGUAGGAGGGCCUGGGGAUGUUAGACUCUGGAAACAUUUAUUAAAGUCUACCAAGUAGAAAUAAAAGACAUUCUGCCAUUUAUAAUAAAGUGCUUUGGUUAAAAACAAUACUUUUUGCAAAGCGGACACUCUUUUACAAAUGUCAAAUGCCAGGAUGCUGGGGGAAGCCCACCUACCCUGAAACCAAAACAUGACUUGGAAAAACACAAAAAAGGCAAUUUACUUUCCUGAGAAUUUGGCAUUUAGUCCCUUCAGAUGACUUCUUUUGUCAUCUUGUUAAAAAAAAAAAAAGUUCCAUGAUCCCAAAUGAUCCACUUUAAAUAGAGCUUCC